AUGUCUGCUCAUGUCGUUUAUGCUCAUUUCUCAAAAACAGCUAUAGUGAAACCAAUGUUGAAAAAGGCUGGAUUGGCGCCUGAUGUCGCGAGCAACUAUAGGCCGAUAUCAAAUCUCACUUUUGUCUCAAAAGUCGUUGAAAAAAUUGUCGCUCGUCAACUCUCCGUCUACCUAAGCAAAAAUUCACUCUACCUCAGCAAAAAUUCACUGCUACCCAAAGUUCAGCCAGACGGCCAGGUGAGAAAAGGUGGUGGUUUGGCAUUAAUUUAUAAUGAAGUAAAGUUCAAGUUGAAGCAUUAUGAACUCGGCCGACGAUUUGAAACAUUUGAGGCACUAGCCUGUUUAAUUAAAAUAAGGUCAGCUCAAAUGCUGAGUAUGGCAAUCUACCGACCAGGAUCAGUUGCUUCGGGAGAACGAUUUAUAGAUGAAAUUUUCAAUUUUUUGUUCAUGGUUCCUUCUUUGGUCUGGUUCAGCUGGUUAAUUCACCAACCUAUCUACGUUUCGGGCAACAUUUUGGAUUUGGUUUUGGUUAAUGGUAAUAUGACAGUUUUAGAGGUAAGGGUGCAGCCACCGAUGGUAUCAGACCAUUCUUUGGUAGUUUCAGAGUUCAUGAUGACGAUGCAGAGGCGCAUUAAAGAUGAUGAUGAGGUCAGAUACUACCGCGAUUGUAGAAGAGUCAAAGACUCAGAUGUGAUGUCAAUGUUGAAGUCGUCUCCACUAUGCUCAAAUCUUGAGAACUUGGUCUCAGCGUCCCAAGAUGAUUUCUGUGAAAUACAUACAUCGACAUUUUCCGAAAUUACAAAGCAUUUGGCUUUUUUAAAAAUGGUCGCUGGUGGUAAAAAAAAAUCUGCUCCAUGGUUAAAUGACAGUUGUUUCCAUGAAAGACGUUGUGCAAGGCGAUGUGAUAGAAUUUUCAGACGAACUCGGACUACUUCUGACAUAGAGUCUUGGAGAAAACAAUUAACCAAACUCCAUGAUCUUUAUGAUAUGAAAAUGCGAUUAUUCUGGAUGAGUAAGGUUGCCAAUAGUAGACGUAACCAAAAAAAUUUAUGGAAUUUGUUGAAUCGUCUACUGGGCAACGAGCAGCAAUGA